AUGGCUGCCCUUAUCAAUGGGGCUUUGUCUUCCUCCUCCUCCGCCCAGAGGUUGGGCUGGGUUCGGUGGGAGACAGCUCGGGGCAGUGGGGCUGAACUGUCCCAGCAGGGUGAGCUGUGCGCCGGCAUCUGGGGGACCCCGGUGUCUGCAGCAGAUGGAGGGACGUGGGGGGACCAGGACAUCCCCUUGGCUCAAGAGCUUUUGGGCACCAACCGCUCUGCCCUCUUCUUUGGCCAGCGAGGCUUCCUGGGCUUCCGCUGCCUCUACCUGGAUGAGUACCGAGACCGGCUCUUCAUCGGGGGGAAGGAUGUGCUCUACUCCCUGCUCCUGGACAGGGCCAAUGCGGAUACCAAGGAGAUCUACUGGCCACCCCUCCCUGGGCAGACAGAGGAGUGUUUUCGGAAGGGGAAGGACCCAGAGACUGACUGUGCCAACUACAUCCGUGUGCUGCACCCCUACAACCGGACACAUUUGCUGGCCUGUGGGACAGGUGCCUUCAACCCCAUCUGCGCCUUCAUCUACGUGGGGCACCGUGGCGAGCACACCUUCAGCCUGGAUCCUGCCAGUGUGGAGACUGGCCGGGGCAGGUGCCCACACGAGCCCAGCCAUGCUUUCGCCAGCACCGUCAUUGGUGGGGAGCUGUACACCGGCCUCACUGCAGAUUUCCUGGGCCGCGAUCCCGGCAUCUUCCGCAGCAGGGGGACCCGCUCGGCCCUGCGCACCGAGGUGGAUCAGCGCUUACUCAGCGACCCCAAAUUCGUGGCAGCCCACUUGAUCCCAGACAAUGAUGACCAGGACAACGACAAAGCCUAUUUCUUCUUCACGGAGAAGGUGGUGGAGGCAGACAGCAAGGAGCACACCCUUGUCAGCCGGGUGGCACGGGUCUGCGUGAAUGAUGCUGGAGGACAAAGGGUGCUGGUCAACAAGUGGAGUACCUUCAACAAAGCUCGGCUGGUGUGCUCUGUCCCUGGCCCUGGUGGCAUCGACACUCACUUCGAUGAGCUGGAGGAUGUCUUCUUGCUGAGGACAAAGGAUAGGAAGAGCCCAGAGAUCUACGCCCUCUUCAGCACUGUCAGCCAUGUCUUCCAGGGCUCUGCCGUUUGUGUGUACCGCAUGGCUGACAUCCGGGAGGUCUUCAAUGGUCCCUUUGCCCACCGGGAGAGCCCCCUCCACCAGUGGGGCCCCUACGAAGGCAGGGUGCCCUACCCACGGCCAGGCGUGUGUCCCAGCAAGACGACCAACCAGCCCCGGAGGCAGUACAGCACCACCAAGGACUUCCCCGAUGAGGUGCUGCACUUUGCCCGCGCUCACCCCCUCAUGUACAAGCCCGUGUACCCCCGGCACCACCGGCCCCUCCUAGUGAAGACCGACCUUCCCCAUCGCCUGCGCCAGCUCGUGGUGGAUCGGGUGGAGGCUGAGGAUGGGCAGCAUGAUGUCCUCUUCCUUGGGACUGACGCUGGCUCAGUGCUGAAGGUGGUGGUCUCACAGAAGACAAGCUCGGCCAUGGCUGAGGAAGUCAUCCUGGAGGAGCUGCAGGUUUUUAAGGUGCCUGUGCCCAUCACUCAGAUGGAGAUCUCUGUCAAGCGUCAAACACUCUUUGUGGGCUCCAGCCUGGCGGUGGCCCAGGUACGGCUGCACCGGUGUGAGACCUACGGCACAGCCUGUGCCGAGUGCUGCCUGGCCAGGGACCCCUACUGCGCCUGGGACGGCACCGCCUGCACCCAGUACCCGCCCCCCAGCAAGCGCCGCUAUCGCCGCCAGGACGUCCACCAUGGCAACCCUGUCCACCAGUGUCUGGACCAGAACCUGACUGUGGAUGAUUUUGAGAACGUUGAGGAGAAAGUGCUGUACGGGGCAGAGGACAACAGCACCUUCCUGGAGUGCACGCCCCGCUCCCCACAGGCCAGCGUGCAGUGGUUUGUCCAGAGGCCCCCUGACGAGCAGCGGGAUGAGGUGAAGACGGAUGAGCGGGUCCUGCAGACGGAGCAAGGGCUGCUCUUCCGCAGGCUGCACCCCCGCGACGCUGGGACCUACUACUGCAAGACGCUGGAGCACGGCUUCACCCAGACCGUGGCCAAGACAGCCCUGAGGGUGGUCACCAGGGAGCAGCUGGCACACCACCUCCCCAAGGGGCGAGGGGAGGAGCCCCCGCCUUGCCCCGAGCCCCGGCUGGCACCGCAAGUUCCCAAAACCUGGUUCAAGGACUUCAUGCACCUCCCCAGCACCCAAAACCUGCGGCGGGGGGGGGGGGGACGGUACUCCCUGCUGCUGUUUGAGGUGGGGAUUGACUUCUGGGCAGGUCAUCUGCACUGGGUCAGGGUGCUGAAGGUGGGCCCAGCCUCCUUGGGCUCUGGCAGGGGAGGUUUUGCUCGGGUCCUCUUGAGGAAGAUGAAUGGGGAUGGAGGGGUGAAGGGAGCCAGAGCACCUCUGUCGUGA